AGAUCGCAACAUUGAAAAGUAAUAUUUUAAUUGAAAAACAAUAAGAUUCCAAAGAAGAAAAUAUUGAAAUGUGGAAAACAGAGACAAUUGUUUGCAGUUGAAUGAUGGUGUUGGUUGGGGCGGCCAUGGGCAUGAUGAGCGGCACGCUCGUCUACUACCACUGCGCCUACCGUCAAUCCAGCGUCGUCUCCCUCUUGGCCGACGUUCUCAUCGUCCUCCUCUGUUCUCUCGCCAUCCUCGGUCUCCUCUUCCGCCACAUGAACAUCGCCGUCCCCGUUGACCCCCUCCACUGGCAGAUCUCCCAAGACGCCGCCUCCUCCCUCUUCGCCUGCCUCGCCAACACCCUCGGCGCCGCCGAGUCCGUCCUCCGCGUCGCCGCCACCGGCCACGACAAGCGCCUCUUCCUCAAGGUGGUUUUAUGCCUUUAUUUGCUCUCGGUCAUCGGAAGAGCUUUCUCGGGCGUUGCUGUGGCUUAUAUCGGUCAGUACAACUACACUCAAAUUCCAAUUUCAUCUCAGAAUCAUAGAUUUUACGCAACUGUUUUGCUGCUUCAUUUGUCAGUAAAUGUAUUCAAUUUCUUAUUCUCACGUUUCAAUUUACUUGCUCAUCGAAAAUUGCUUGGGGCUGAGUGAUGCAGGAUUGUGCUUGUAUUGUGUCUACGCGAUUCUUGAUAAUUCUCAGACCAACAACCCGUGUUUGGGAAGGCUUUCUGUGAGAAGAGAUGGCGCUCAAGAUAACUCAUGAUUUUAAUUCUUUUGCAGUUAGCAUUUUCUGUCAAUACGUGUAGUGUAGUCUUCAUUCUAGUAAAUAAUCCGUUGUGAUGGGAACAAUUCCCUUUAUGUAUCAAGGUUACUUAUAGUUACAAACUUACAUGUAUUAUCUUCCUCUUAUCCUCCCAAACAUUUACAGUUUGAUGCAGAGGAAUACUUGUUUGUUGAGAUGCUUAGCACUAUCCACUUCUAGGGAACAUUCAAUUCAAGUUAGCUUUCUUGAUCCA